ACACACUACCAAGCAGCAAGCUCAAGAUUCCGUAACUACCCGUUCUUCCCUUGAGGAAUAUUUAGCUAAUAAUUAUCCUUUAUGCAAACAGAGCAAUGCCUGACUGAAGACUUUUCAUUCAUUCCAACGCGCAGAAACAGAGCUGAACAUUCCUGUCAAAAAUCUAUCCAGGAACACAUACAUGAAGUAAACACUACGAUGAUGGAAAGACCACUUGAAGCGACCAGGAUGGAAAACAGCACCUCUUCCUGCUUUCUUAUGGAAAGAAAGACUCGUGUCAAGAUUAAUAGGAAAGAAAUCAUGCUAGCUAAGCUGAGGAAGAGCUGCUCCUGCACCCCAAAGAAGCUCAAGAACUUUGUCAUGGACUUCCUUCCUGUUUUACGAUGGCUUCCCAAGUACCAGUGUAAAGAGUACAUUUGGGGGGAUGUUAUGUCUGGGUUAGUAAUUGGGAUCAUUUUGGUGCCUCAAGCAAUUGCAUACUCACUGCUGGCAGGUCUGAAGCCCAUUUAUAGUCUUUACACAUCAUUCUUUGCCAACAUCAUCUAUUUCUUAAUGGGCACAUCCCGUCAUGUCUCAGUUGGUAUUUUCAGCUUGAUAAGCUUAAUGGUAGGACAAGUUGUGGACCGAGAACUUCUCUUGGCUGGGUUUGACUUGAAUGAUGAUGCCCCACCAGCCUUGGGUGAUGGCUCUCUGCAGAAUGACAGUCAGUCCAACACAACUGCCUUCAACCUUACAAUUGCAGGGAUGAAUGCUGAGUGUGGGAAAGAAUGCUAUGCUAUUGGCGUUGCUACAGCCUUGACAUUUGUGGCCGGAGUGUAUCAGGUUCUAAUGGGAAUCUUUCGUCUGGGUUUCGUAUCUAUGUACCUAUCUGAGUCUGUACUAGAUGGCUUUGCAACUGGUGCUUCCUUAACAAUUUUAACAGCUCAAGUGAAGUAUCUGAUUGGGAUAAAAAUCCCACGUAGUCAAGGGCAUGGGAUGCUUGUUAUUACCUGGAUUAAUAUUUUCCGGAACAUUUCUCAGGCUAACCUUUGUGAUGUCAUCACAAGUGCCAUUUGUAUCGUGGUGCUGGUCACUGCUAAGGAACUGGGAGAUCGGUAUAAGCAUAAGCUGAAAUUUCCUCUUCCUACAGAGCUUGUAGUUAUUGUUGUGGCAACACUGGUGUCACACUACGGGAAGUUAAAUGAAGUGUAUGCAUCCAGUGUUUCUGGAGCUAUUCCAACAGGAUUUAUUCCCCCCAAGGUACCACAUUUCAACUUAAUGCUCCAAGUCGCUGUAGAUGCUUUGCCUCUUGCCAUAGUCAGCUUUGUCUUCACUGUAUCCCUUUCUGAGAUGUGUGCAAAGAAAUAUGCUUACACCAUCCGAGCCAAUCAGGAAAUGUUUGCUGUGGGGUUCUGCAACAUCAUUCCUUCUUUCUUCCACUCUUUUGCAACCAGUGCAGCUCUGGCAAAAACACUCGUCAAAACAUCUACAGGCUGCCAGACUCAAGUCUCUGGAGUAAUUAGUGCAAUGGUGGUUCUGCUGGUGCUGCUUUUCUUGGCACCUCUCUUCUACUCCUUGCAGAAGUGUGUUUUGGCUUGUAUCAUCAUUGUCAGCCUCCGAGGAGCCCUGAGGAAGUUCCGAGAUGUGCCAGCACGGUACCAUGUGAAUAAGGUGGACACGCUUGUUUGGGUUGUUACCAUGUCUGCCUCUGCCUUAAUCAGCACAGAGAUAGGGCUAUUGGUUGGCAUUGUUUUCUCCAUGUUAUGCAUCAUUGUUCGGACACAGCGGCCACGGACAGCCCUGCUUGGUCAGAUCCAAGACACCAGCUUUUAUGAGGAUGACUUAGAAUAUGAAAAUCUCUCUUUGGUUCCAAGGGUCAAAAUAUUCCGUUUUGAGGCCCCACUUUACUAUGCAAAUAGAAACUACUUCCUAAAGUCUCUGUACAGAUUGACUAACUUAGAUCCGAACCUAGAAGCUGCUAGAAGGAAGAAAUAUGAGAAGAAGGAAAAGCAGCAUCUGAAAAAGGGGGAUCACACAACUAAUGGACUGGGCAUCAGAGAAACCACUCUGCAACUAGUUCCUAAGCAAAUUGAUUUCCAAGCCCUUGUUGUAGAUUGCUCUUCCAUCUCAUUUUUGGACACCACUGGAGUUAAUACUCUAAAGGAAAUCCUGAAAGACUACAAGGACUUAAACAUUUCUGUACUCCUGGCUUGCUGCAAUCCCUCAGUGAUAGACUCUCUGAAAAGAGGAGGUUACUUUGGGAAAGAUUUUGGAAAUAUGCAGGAAAUGCUGUUCUACAGCAUACAUAAUGCUGUGCAGUUUGCAAAAGACCAAAAGCUUCCAGCAGAUUGCUCGGUUUAAUCCUGUGUCUUCCUUGAUGAUUCACUGAAGUGACAUGCAGGGGGGGCAGUUUGCAAUAAUUAAAUUAUCAGACGCACUGUUGGCUGUGUACAGCAAUGGACCUACAAGUCAUUCUCCCAUGAAGAGCUCUGCUGUUUGUCAGAUGCCACAUAGAAGAGCCACUGGGGAUGAAGUCCAGGACCAGGAUAAAACAGGUUGGAUUAUUACCUGCAUCUUCACUUUAAAAUGCAGGUGAUAUGCAAAAGGGUAGUUUGGGAUUGAAUUCCCCCUUGUGCCAUGAUCAUGUGUGACCCAACAUAUACAUCACGAGACCCUUGUGCUGGAAGGUCUGUCCUGUGUCAGAUGACCCUGCCAGCGGCUUAAUGGCUGGUUUGUGUUAACAGGGCUAAGCCAUCACCAUGAAAAUGCAAUCAAUCUAGCAUCUUGGACACAUAAUGAUUUAAACUGUGGCUUGCAAGCCCUGCUCCUUCCAUCAUUCUAGGUUUGCAUACAAAUCAUAUAUUCCCCUGUCUGCAUACAAAUAAAAUGUAUAAAAUAUUGUAGAAUGUAGCAUGUCUCUCCACCGUGGUUACAUAGCCUUAAUGACACAACCUGCCACAGGAGAAGAAACAGGUCCAUCACAGGUUCCUCUCAAAACCAUCAUUUCCAAAAAUUACUGCUAGAGUCACCUGUGUUAUUGGCUUCAAACUGUGGCAAUUAGUUACUGAAGGUUGUGAUAUGAUGCUGGAAGAAAUAUGACUCCGACGCAUAAUUUUGUAACUAGUAAGAGGAUAAACAGGAUUAAGAAAAAUUAAUGGCUUUAACCGGCAGUGACACAGAUAUAUGGGUAGUUUUACUACCCCGUGGUGGGCAGAUGCAAUUCCAAUUCAGGGACACAUAAGGACCAUCAAACAUAAAACCUCAGAACUGUGAAGCAGCACAGCAUAUUCUUCCUACAGCUGUCUGCCUGGGUGCAAAGAGAAACAGGAGAAAAGAGGGUAGGGUGGGAAGGCAAAUGUGUGAUCUGCCUAGAGGGGGAGUGAUGGGUCAGUCAGAACUGCCUGGCUGGUCUUCUCUGAUGCAAUGCUAAUGAAACUUUACAGUAGCAUACCCAGGCCAAGUAAAGGGACCACAGCUUUGUGAGCUAUAUAUCCCCAUAUGCUGGAAAAAUUCCACCACUGUUCGUACAUACUACCGACAUUUUGGGGUAUUUUUUUCUCCUGUUGUAUUAUUCUUUGAUUUGAGGUCCACUAAACCAUAUUCUCCAGGCCUGGGUUACUUUCUGUAAUAAUCUGCGUUAACUGCUGCUCAUUCUGCUUUGCGUCAGACAACACCCACAGAGACAGUUGUGUUGUUAUAUAUGCAUGUUCUUUAAAAAUAAGCACAGAUUUAAAUUUUGAUUGUAACACAUUCAGUACUCAGUGUUCUGGCCCAUGGAAUUGGCAGAAUAUCAUCUUUCAUACUCAAGCUUAUAAUUACCUGCACAAAAGGUAGGACAGCUGC